GCGUUUGGGCUAGCCGCGGCCGCGCUAAGCUCACCCUGACCACCCCCGGCUCGCAGCUUCCAGAAGCGUGGCCUCUCGUUAGCAAGAACCCCCGACGAGCAACUGCCACCUCGACCACCACACGAACACCACCUCCAUUGACGCCCCCUCGGUUUACUCCUCCCGGUUUCUAUUACGCCUGAACAAGAUGUCUGCACCGCGCCCCACCUCCCCCGUCAACAAUGCCGCGUCUGGCACGACAACAGCGCGCCCUGCGUCGCCCAAGCCCCCGGGUGGCCCUGCCACUGUCAUGCGCAGGAAGGCUGCUGCCGACCGCGCUGAGAAGGUUUCCAACCAGCGACCAAGCAGCACAAGGGCUGCCGGUGCCGGUGGUAGCUCCAGCACCAUGCUGAGGCUGUACACCGAUGAGUCCCCUGGUCUCAAGGUCGACCCCGUCGUCGUUAUGACCCUGUCCGUGGUCUUCAUCUUCAGCGUCGUUGCUCUCCACGUCAUGGCCAAGGUCGCUCGCCGCUUCACCGCAUAAUCGCCCACAAUCAUACCCUUUUUAUACCACCAACAAACCUCGCUCGGUGAGCGCUGAGCACCGACCACGCCACGACGCCGAGUCCUCGUGUCCUUUUUUUUCCUUCCGUCAAACGGCUCGUUGCUUGGGAAGACAGGAAAAGCAUAUGAUCCGAUUAUCUGAUACCUGAUGUGUGCAUGGAGCCAUUGGGAAGCGCUUGGAUUGGGAAUCUGCAUGCUGUAUUAUUAGGUCUACAAUGAAACCGGAUUUUGAUCGAACAGCUGCAUCUAGUCAGCAUCUGCACUAAUACGACCUGUAAGAAUCAUAACUUGUGUACACACCAAUAAACUGCCAU